AUUAAAUCAAAAGUUCAUUUGUUUUUUAUAUAGUUGCUAUGAGACAUAAAUCUUUAAAUACUGUCAUAAAAUUUAUCAAAGUUGUAUUUCAUCCAUUUUCAAAAAUGAUUUCAAUCAUUAUAUAUUUUGUGCUUUUACAAGCAACUUUCACAUUGGCACAAAAAUGUCCAUCUGGUUUAGUUUUUCUGAAAAACCAUGGAAGUGGUGCUAUAAUAUGUGAUAAUGGAAAACCAGAUACCUAUUCUUUUAUAAGAGAAGGUACUAUUGAUAAAUGUCCGACCAGUAUCUCCAAAUAUGACAACUCUGUAAUUACAUGCACCAACCAAAAAGUAACACUUUAUUGGCUUGCAAUAGCAAUUCAACCUCGUUAUAAUAUUUAUGCAUUUUACCCGCAAUUUCAACAAGUAAUAUGGAGAUAAGUAUUACGAAGAAAAGUAAUCAUGGUGAUAAUAUAUAUGUUAAAAAAGUUUGUAAUUAACUAAUUCUAAAAUAUGUGCUUUAUAUA